AUGAAUAAAGGGGAAAAGAUUGAUAUUCCCAGAAGUCAGAGAAGUGGAAGAGAAUCGUCUAGUCAACAGAGUGAAGGAUUCAAUGGUCCAAGACCAACAAGUGAUGUCACAGGGGCAAAUAAGGGCAUCGGCUUUGGUAUUGUCCGAGCUCUUUGCAAAGAACUUGGAGAAAGGGGCGUGGUCUAUCUAGCCAGCCGGGAUGAGGGGCGUGGUGAGAAGGCGGUCCAGGAGCUCAAAGGGGAGGGGCUUAACCCAAGAUGUAUUCAACUGGACAUUUGUAAUAACGACCAUAUUUUAAAAGUUGCCGACUACUUCCGGGAUACCUAUGGAGGUCUAGAUAUUUUGGUCAACAAUGCUGGUAUUUCCUUUACGGCUGCUGCGACAGAACCAGAUAGUAUUCAGGCACCCGUUACCGUAGAAACCAAUGUGUUCGCCACGCUUCGGCUGUGUCGAGCUCUCAUCCCGCUCAUUCGAUCUCAUGGCAGAGUUGUUACUAUGGCCGGUCAACUUGGCUCAUUGGCUUACCAGAAACUUGGUCCGGAUUUACAGAAACGAUUCAAAACUGUGUCUACAGAACAGGGCAUCGUUGAUCUUAUGACUGAGUUUAUCAGUGCAGCUAAAGAAGUGAAGAAAAAGGAGCUUGGGUGGGGCUCAUCUAACUAUGGAGUGAGCAAGCUGGGUGUGAUAGCCCUUACCAGAAUCCAGGGACAAGACAUCAUCAAGGACUCGGGCAGGGAAGAUAUCCUCAUCAACUGCUGUUGCCCUGGCAACGUGGCUACAGACAUGUCAAGUCACAAGGGACCGCUGACCAUUGACCAAGGUGCGGUCACACCAGUCUAUCUCGCUCUUUUACCCGGGGGAUGUUCACACCAGGGACUUUUCUUCUACCAGAAAGCUGUAAAGGACUUCUGGGGCCCUGUUUCACAAAAUCAACUGCUAAAUUCUGAUGACAAAUUUGCUCUCAGCCAAUCAGACGCCAUGAUUCCAGUAGCUUAUAACAAUUUGGACUCAAAGACACAGCCUUGGAAUGGUUUCGAUCCUACCUCACUAACAGAACUCAGUCUGUUUUUGUUAGCGACUGUGAGUCACAUGUCAGCUCUUCGAACUUCGGAGUACCCCAAGGAUCUGUUAUCGGUCCGUUAG